AGGACACUAAGACCGUACGUUGUCACAGCUUCCGACCAAGAAAUCGAACACAACAAUCUUUUCAUCAUGAAGACCCAAGUUUCCAUACUUCUUCUUAGCUUCAUGUUGUUACUUAUGGUAGAAGCAUUACAUAAAACUCAUGAAGAUAUAGUGGAGAUCAUGUGUUCGAAAGAUACAACAAACACUGAAAAAGAGGAAAUCCAGAAAUGCAUUGACGAUCACCUUCCUCGUAAGAUCUCCAGGAAGUGGAAGGAAUGUACGCAAAGUGUGGUACCAGAUGUUGCUGACAACGAGAAAGCACUGAGGAAGACCCUUUGCAAUAACCCGGAUAUUGAUUCUAAGGUGGAAGAAUGCGCAAACAAAGAUAACGAAUGGGAUAAUCUCACAGAGGAGGAGAAACAUGGCAUAGACAAUAUGAAGAAAUGUUUCUCUGACGUUCUGAAAGACAAGAAACCCUAAACUCGAGAGCCUAGGCAUCGAUUAAAAGAAUAUGACAGGAAGAAAUACAGUUUAUCGUCCUGUAGUUUUGCUGCUUACUCUAGAAUUCGAUAUAUAAAGAUAGUUGUGUUUACUUACAUAUAUUAACUGUUGUAUUACAUAAAUAAACACACUCAUUGAAUAACG